AUGUUAUAGGGAUUUUUUUUAGUUUCAAUGUAUCAGCCUAAGUUUAGUUUGAGCUAAAAGAUUUAAAAAAUAGUAUUGUUAAUAUAUUAUUGUUAAAUAUUAACAUUAGCAUUUCCAAUAGAUGGAUGGAAUCUUUGGACUUAUAAAGAUGGUGCUUUAAGAAUGACAAAAAACUUAUUAAACAUGAUUUUAAUUUUUCCUUAUAUCAUUGAAAUAAAAUCCUCAGUAUUGAUAUAUGUGUUGAUAAUACUAUUCUCUAUAAUAAACAUUUUCAUAUUGUUGGCAAUAUUUAUUAUUGCAAAAUUUAAGAAUAAACUUUCUCUUAUGUUGACAAUUACAUAUUGGUAUUUACUAUUUAUCCCUAAUUUAUUUUUUAUCCCUUAAUUGUAUAUAUUUAUAGGAUCUUUAUCCUUUACUUAAAGAGCUUUAUUAUAUUCAAACUUUUAAUAUAAUGUAAUAAUUUCUAUUAUUAUAUUAUCCUCAUUAGUUUUAAUCUUCCUUUGCCUUUUUAGUAUUUAUUUUAUAAGAAAAUAAAGAUUAGAAAAGGAAAGUGUAUUAGUUUAAAAAUUUUGUUCGUUAGGAUUACUGAGAUAGUUUUUUACAAUAGCAAUUAUAUUUUUACACUUUCAAAAUAGAAAUUUAUUCAUAAAUACAAAUCAAUUGUUGUUAAUGCACUUUUUUUUUCUUACAUUAAUUUUUGAAGCAGUUUUUUUUGAAACUAUGCACCCUUAAAUACUAAAAUUUGUAAUGAUUAGUGUAACUACAUGCAUUAGUUGCUUAUUGAUAAUAUCAACAAAUGUGAUUUCAUAAAAUACUCAAAUUCAUGAAGAAUAAUUAUUAGUAAUUUAAUUGAUUACAGCAACACUGCUCUCCUCUAUUUGUAAUUUAUUUCACAAUAAAAUAUUUAUCAAGAGAUUAUUAUAAGGUAAUUAAACCCAAUAUACAAUCACAUGUGUUGAAUGGCUUUUUCAUAUCUCAACAACAUUUACUCAAAGCAAAAGGAUUUCUUUAAAUAUUUUGUUUUAUGUUCUAUUUACUCAAUACCAUAAAUAAAAAUGUAUUAGUUGUUUUAAAAAAGCUUUUAAAGAUGAAAAACUAUUAUCUAAAUCAAUGAUCUUUUAUUUUCUUGAUUGUUUGCUUAAAAAUGGAUUGUUUAGGUCAAAAAACACUUUAAAUUCAUAUUAAGAGUUACUAUAAAUCUAUAAUAUGGACUUUUAAAAUAAAAUUAAGAAAUAACCCCUUACAGCUUAUAUUGAAUUUAAAUAAUUUACCCUAAAAAAAGAGAAAAUUUCUCAGUACUUAAGAGGAACAAUAAAAUUCAUUUAUGCAGAGUUAGAAGAAAUUAUAUAGAAUAGAAAUAGUAUUUUGGGAAAAACAAAUAGUAUCAAAUAUGAAGAAAAUUAUCUUUAAGUAAAAACCUUUAUAUAAACUUAUUAAAUUGAAGAUUUAAUCUUACCUAAAAUAAUAGAGUUGAUAGAUUUAAAAAUGGAUAUUUGGAAUAAAUAGAUAAAUGGUUUAGAAACAAUUGAUGAUUUAGAAUAAUUAAUAAUUAAUUAUUCAAGUAAAAUUGUAAUUUGUUAAGAUUCGUUGUAAUAAAAAUUGUAAAUAAAUUUAAUGAAUUAAAAUUAAAUAUCAAAAUCUAGAAAUGUUAUUGAAUUAAGGAUUGCAUCAAUAUUUAAUCUAAUAAUAUUAAAUAAUUAUUAAAUAUCUCUCUAGUGUGAAUAAUAAAUUUCUGAAAUAUUAUUAAUGGAGAACUCACUUCCAAAUGAUCUGAUUCGUAAUAUUGAUAUUAUUUAAGAUAAUUUAUGUUUAAUUAUGGUUAGUAUGGUCCAAAAUAGAGGAUUUAUUAAAAAUAAUAAAAAACAAUAAAUAGCCAAUUACUUUGGAUUAGAUAUUAAUGAAUUAGAAAGUAUUAAUCAUAUUAAUUUAUUCAUUCCUUAAUUUAUUUCUGAAUUACAUGAAUAAUUUUUAUAAUCUUAUUUAGAAACAGCCUAAUCCCCACUAUUUAAUUAAUAUUAAAUUGUUUUUAGUAAACAAAAAAAUGAAUUUAUUUAAGCAUAAUAAUUAAAAUUAGAAAAUAAUUUUGAUUUUUUUGAUGAUUAUGUUGUUACUGGAUGUUUAUCUAAAGUGAAAGAAACAUCAGAAUUUAUUUUAUUUGAUGAAAAUGGUAAAAUUCUUUCAGUUACUUAAGGAUUUUAUACAGAUAUUAUUUAAUAAUCCUUUUAAGAAGAAUUGAGUGCUCAAACAAUUAAUUAAGCUUAUAUAUUUUUAUUUUUUACAAAUAUUUUUUCUAUUUUGGAAUCAUAAAAAGAUAAUAUUAAUUAAUCUGAAUUUCUUUAAGUAGAAUUGAUGACAGUAAUUACAAUUUUUGAAAACUUAUCAAAAAUAAUUUAAUUUUUUAUUGAUAAUAAAACGAUACCUCAAAAUUCCAUGGCAUCUUAAUUUGGAAAAAUAGUGUAAAAAACGGCAAAUUUAUCAAAUUCAAAGACUUAUACAACAAAAAAGUAAUAAAAAGAAAAUUUAUCAACAGGAAGAUAUUUUAUCAAUAAAAGUUUCAAAUUAUCUGAUGACAUCUAAUUAUUAUGUCCUACUUUUCGAACUUAAGUUUUAGACUUUAUGCAAUAAUAUAAUGUAUAUUCUUUUUAUAUUAUUUAAGCAAUUCUAAUCAGUUUAAUAUUUAACUAAAAUAUCUUUGCAAUAUCGAACUAUUGGAAAAAAGCCUUAAUCAAGAUCAUAUUUUAUAAUAGAAAUUUUAGAUUUUAGAAAAAAAGGUAAUUCCCCUCAUCUUCUUAAAAAUAACAAAUUUAUAAGCUAAGAUAUAAAUUAAUUUUUUGGAGAAAAUCAAAAUAAUAAACAUUAUCUUUCUUAAAAUCAAUCUUAAUCCCCUUUAUAAUAGGGAUUUUAACAUUAUAAUAAGGAGGGUAAUAAUCUCUUUGGAUUUAAAAAAUAAAACUUUUCUAAAUCUUUCAGUGAUAAUGAUUAAUAAUUCAGAAAUAAAAAUUUAUUAUCUUAAUAAAAUGAUAUGAGUUUCUUGAAUAGAAAAGAAAAUCAAACUUAAUCAAGCUAAUCUUCAAGUAUUCUAAGAAUGCAAAAUCUUAAUUUUUUAAGAUUUAUUUAAUAUUCUUCUAAGAUGAAUAAUACUCUCAAAAUCAUUCUUAUUUUAACAAUUAUAUCACUUAUCAUCAUAAGUGCAGUAAUCUUAUUCAAUAUACUAAUUAUUCGACUCUAAAUAUCUGAAUAAAUUAAUAGUAAUUAUUCUUUAAAUGCCCCACUUCUGUUCAAUAGAUACUUUUUUUAAAGUUAUGCUUUAUCUUGGACUCUACUGAUGAACGGAUUAAAAAUCAUUAGUUAAAGCGAUUUCUUGAUUAAUUAAACAUUUUAUUAUCUUAAAAAUAUGGAAAAAGAGACUUUUAGUAAUUUAAGUAAAAUGUACCCUAAUUUCUUGGAAAUAGAAAAUAUGGGAUUAUUACCUAAUAUUAGUUUGAAAUUAUUAGGAAUUGAAAGAUAAACAGUUUCGUAUACUGAAUUUAUAACUUUUAUUUAGAAUGCUUUAUAGUAUCUUUUUUAAUUUCAAUCAAUCAUUAAAGAAAAUAUAUAAAAAACAUUAGAUUUAGAUUUUGUUAACUCUAUCGUUACUUUGAGGUAUAAUCUCAAAUAUGUAUUUGAUAUGAAUAAAGAACUAAUAGGAUCUUUAGAUUAAAUGAACUACAAUCAAAUACAAAAUUAAUAUUAAUAAUUUUUAAUAGUUACAAUCAUUGAAAUUUGAAUUUUAUUUGUAUUUUAGAUUAUCUAAUUGUUUUUCUGGAAAAAAAUUGAAUAACAGAAAUGCUAAAUUUUAAAAAUUAUUGGCAAAUUUUCAGAGUCAAAAGCAAAUAAUUUGAUUCUUCAACAUCAAAUUUAUAAAUAAAUAUUGUAAUAGUCGAAUAAUUAAAAAUCAUAUUGGAAAAACUAAAAUUUCACUUAAAUAUAUAGAAAGAAUAUAUGUAAAAGAGAAAAAAUUAUAGUUCAAAACACCAAAUCUAAAUAAAAUCAAAAUAAAACAAUUGGUAUGUUAAAUGCAAGAAUAAAAAAAAGUUCAUCUUCAAAUAAAAAAUAUCUUUUUUAUUAUUUGAUCAUUUUAUCUACAUUAAUGAGCUUUUUAUUUGGAGGUUAUUAUUAUUAUAUUUUUUUAAUUCAAAAUUAUUAACCUUAACAAUAAUUAGCAUUAAAUUUUAUAAGAUUUUCAAGUUACUUUGAUACACUAAUAACAACAGCUAUCGUUAUUAAAACAUAACCUUAGGUUUACCCAGGUAUAGUAUCUAAUUAAAUUUAUACUCAAAAUUAGAUGAAUUAAUAUAGAGACCCAUUCAAAUAAUUAUUCUAUAUGUUUCUUAAUGUUUAUGAAACUUUUGAUGAUAAUUUAACAUAAAUCUAUGAAGGAAUUUUAUUUACAAAUAAAAUUGAUGAUUCUAAUAGGAAAAUAUUGUUAGACCUAUAUUAAAAUAACAUUUGCAAAGUUAUUUCUAACUAAAUCCCUUUUUGUUAAUUAGAAUAACUAGGGGAUAAAAAAUUUACUGAAAAAUAUUAAAAAUUUUAUCAAAUAGAUAAUAAUUAAAUUUAUUUAAGAAAUGGAAUUAUUGGAAUUAUUAAUAGUGCUAGUUAAUUUAUGAAAACAAAUUACGAUUAUGAGAUAGCUAGUAUCAAUUAUGUUACAGACUUUGAUUAACUUAAUAGAUUAUAUUUGACAUCUGAAUUUAAUAAUAUUUUAAUUUAACAUUUUAGCUCCACUACAUAAUGUACUGAAAAGUUUUUAGAUAUAAUAUUAUCAGCAAAUGAGGAAUCGAUGAGCUAAAACCAAUAUAAAAUUACCCUAUAUUUUUGUUUAAUUGGUUUAGGAUUACUUAUAGUUUUAGGAAUUUUUUUUGCAUGGUUAAUUAAUCUCACUUGUAUGAGAUUCAUAUAUUUAAAAUUAAGUUUAAGUAUGGUUCCAAAAGAAAUUUUGGCUGAUUAAAUUACGAUAUCAUAGAAAAAACUAUUAGAUUGA